AUGGCUCGGCGCAGAGAGGACAUCUCGACGAUGAGCAAGGUGUCAAAGCUCAUAUCUUCAAAGAUAGAAUCCACAGGUCUUCCCUUGGGGAUUAAAACGCUCAACUUUUUCAAAAUGCGUUACAUUGCUGCCUACCUCCUCCUUGUGACUGGUGGAAACGCCAGCCCCUCUGCCGACGAUAUCAAGAAGCUCUUGGGCACCGUCGGUAUUGAGUCUGAUGAUGAGCGAUUGGAGAAGCUCCUCUCGGAGCUCCAGGGCAAGGACAUCAACGAGUUGAUUGCUGAGGGUACCAGCAAGCUUGCUUCUGUCCCCUCUGGUGGUGCUGGUGGUGCUGCCCCCGCUGCUGCUGCUGGCGGUGCUGGCGAUGCUGCUGCCGAGGAGAAGAAGGAGGAGAAGAAGGAGGAGGAGAAGGAAGAGUCAGACGACGACAUGGGCUUUGGUCUCUUCGAUUAAACAUGAUGAUUAUGCUAGAAUACGAAUGUGUAGUGUACAUUAUCAACGAAAAUUGCAGGAUGCAGAUCGA